UCACUCUCCCAUGGUGUUUUGAACAAAUCAACCCUCCAACACCCUAUUUAUUACGCAAUCAAUUUCCAAUUCAAUUUUUUCCGUUGAAAUCUGGGGACAACCUCUCCACAGAAGUUAAGAUGGGAAGGAGAAACAGAGGUACACGCCUCUCCGACUUGAAUCAGUUCAGUGCUCGUUCAAGGCUUCUUCAAUCUUCUCCAUGUUUCGCUCCGUUUUUGUUCUUCUCCUUGCGUCUUUGAUUUCUCUUGUUUUCCACCGAUUCAUAGGUUUGAAGUCGGGAAAUAUGGUGAUGGCGAUUGAAGAUGUGGAUUCUAUGGCUCUUUUACCGUUUGGAUCUGCUUCUCGCAUUGGCAGCUUCUUUCGACUUCCUCAAUGUGGCGGCCCUCGCCGGACAGAAUCCAUUGGUGUUUGCUAUACAAACUUAGGCAACAAUUUACCAGAUGCCAGAGAAGUAGUACAACUAUACAAAAUCCAUGGCAUUGAAAAAAUGAGGAUCUAUAAUCCGGACACAGCUAUAUUAAACGCUCUUCGGGGAUCGAACAUCGAAGUCAUAGUAGGCAUCCCGAAUACCGACCUUGAACGCAUUGUUAAUCUUUCUUCUGCAUCAAACUGGGUCCAGAGGAACAUCCAAGCCUAUGUGCCACACAUCAAAUUUCGAUAUGUUGCUGUUGGUAACGACGUGCAGCCAUCUGAUUCCAUUGCUCGUUAUGUUUUACCAGCCAUAAGCAGCAUCAAUAGUGCAAUUUCAGCAGCCAAUUUGCAGGAUCAAAUAAAGGUUUCCACAGUAAUAUCCAUCAGCUUGCUGUCGAACUCCUCGUUUCCUCCAUCUUAUAGCUCAUUUAGUUCAGAGGCUAGUGGAUUCAUAGAACCAAUUGUUCACUUUCUGGCUAAGAAUGGCUCACCCCUUCUUGCUAAUGUGUAUCCCUACUUCACUUAUACCGAUAUCACCCGAACCAUCAGCCUCGACUAUGCUUUGUUCAUGCAAUCGCCAACUCUUGUGAUAAGGGAUGACAAUUUUGAGUACAACAGUCUUUUUGAAUCGAUGGUCGAUGCUCUUUACGUAGCACUAGAGAAGUCGGGUGGAGCUGAAGUGUCAAUCGUGAUAGCGGAGAGCGGUUGGCCAUCAAAUGGAAGUGCAGCUGCCACGGUCGAGAAUGCAGGUACAUACUAUAGAAAUUUGAUGAACUUUGUUCCGACCGGGACACCGAGGAGGCCGAGAAGAGCUAUUGAAACCUAUUUGUUUGCUAUGUUCGAUGAAAAUUUGAAGCCUGUUGAAAUGGAGAAACAUUUUGGUUUAUUCACAGCUGACAAGAAAUCAAAAUACCAACUUAGUUUUAGUUAAAGGGGUCAAUUAGCAGGGCCACUUAUGUUUUAUAUGUAACAAUGUAGAUCAUAUUAUGAACUAGGUUGUUAAUAGCAAAAGUUAAUACUUGGUUUUGAUGAUGAACGAUUUUAGAGUAUAUAGAAUAAAUUGAAAGUAAUCGAUUGAUGC